GCACACUCCUCUUCGCUCGUCCUGUCGCGCCCGGCAAGCGCAAGCUCGCGCCUUUCUUACUCUUGGCCGCGCCCUGGUCCUGAUUGGGACCCAGCAGCCCGCCAAAACCCCAACAACGCUGGUUUGGGUCCGUACGGAGUACAACAAGCUGAAACACAGUCGCAGCGAGACUACACUAUGCUCUGACCCGACUUCGCAAGCCUGUUCCCGUUCAGAUCUCAUACCUACACUCCGCCGUAACGUCACCGUUUCCCUCGGCCUUCACCCAGAUGGAGUCGUUCGACGUUCCCGACUCGACCGACUGGAUUGGGACGCCCCUCGCCGGCCUCAUGGAAGUCGAACAGGCCUUUCGCUGUCACGUCUGCAAGGACUUCUACAACUCCCCCAUGAUUACCUCCUGCAACCACACAUUUUGCUCGAUAUGCAUCCGUCGGUGUUUGUCGGUGGACGGCAAAUGCCCGCUCUGCCGGGCACUGGACCAAGAAUCCAAGCUCCGGGGGAAUUGGGCGCUGCGGGAAGCGGUGGACGCCUUUGUCAAAUCUCGCGACGCCAUUUUGCGGUUUGCCAAAACCCCAGUGACUGCGUCCAGCCCGAAAUCCCCAAAGAGGAAAGCAGCGGAGAUGGAAGAGCCGGGCGACGAAGGGCAGAACAAGAGGCCAAGAAUGACCACGAGGUCAAGCAAAGCGAAAGCUGCCGAGGCGACGGCAGCUAUGUUGCGCGAGGAGGCGGACGUGCCCGAGGGCGAGAAUAAUACCCCAAAUCAGGAGUCCGAGCCAGACGAUGGCCUUGCUGCUUGCCCGAUUUGUUGGACACGAAUGAAGCCUUGGCAGGUUGACAGGCACAUCGACACCUCCUGUCCGGGCUCCCCGCAGCCAUCCAAGGGGUCGUCAUCGACUUCCACAAAUAGUCGCGGAGGAACCAGCUUCGGUUCGGCUCGUACCCUCUCCCAGAAUCCACCAACGCCCACGAAGGCACCCGAGCGCCUCCCGGCUCUUGCAUAUUCCAUGCUAAAAGACUCGGCCCUUCGAAAGAAAUUGGCCGAGCUCGGGCUGUCGACGGCGGGGUCUCGUCAAAUGCUCGAGAAAAGACACCGGGAAUGGGUGACCAUCUGGAACGCCAAUUGCGACUCCGCGAAGCCCAAGAAGCGAUCCGAGCUUCUGCAAGACCUGGAGGUGUGGGAGAGGACGAUGGGCAGCCGCGCGCCGACCAUGUCGAGGGCGGCAAACAUGGGUGCGCAGAUCAAGGACAAAGAUUUUGACGGAGCCGCUUGGGCAGCGAAACACGAAAACUCGUUCAAGGAUUUGAUUGCCAAGGCACGCAGCUCAAGAAGUAAGGUUGUGCAGAAGGCGGAGGGAGAGCAGAAUAAGGGAGAGUCGGGGUCAGCGCAGGACGAGAGGAAGGGAAGAGAUGACUCGGUAUCGGCCUCAGAGCCGUCCAAAACGGCCGUGGUGGAUCUGACCUGCCCGCCAUCGAGCCAACCUGAGCCGCCAGAUUCACCGCCGAAAAGAGCUGGCGCAUCUGGGGAGAGCGAUACUGGUCUCCUGGAAGACUUGCGGUCAAUAUCUGGGAAGGAGGCGGGACAUCCCCAAGCUGACGGCGUGUCUGCGUGUAGUCCGUCUGGAAAACCAGAAGGGGCGGGCUCAUGAGCUUGAAUGUCAGCUGCGAAAAGGGCCAGUGAAAAAAAAGAAAGAAAGAAAGAAAUAUCCACAAGAAGAGAUUCUAAGGCAUUAUGGCGUGCGUCUCGCUUGUUUUCCCAUGUCCCAAACCAGAAAUCGACCGUGGUGUGCCUCACCCGUACGCCUGACCGAACUCCGUAAGCUUCACAUACG